UGAUUCUAUAUUCCAGCAAACCACAGCAGACAAAGUUAAAUACUAACAGGCGUUCCAGAGAGUCGCAAUUCCCAGCGGGGAUCGCGGCAGGAUAACAAUAAGAAUGACGUACUGGCAUCGCAUCCAUCCAUGGUAUGAUUUGUCAACACGACGCACACACACCUAACCCAACCUACAAAUGUACAGCAGGGCAAGGCAGGACAUGACAAAACCCAAGCACCCUAAUCCCUAUGCUUCUCUCUUGCAUCUGCAUGCUCACUGUCAACACUCCCUGCCUGUCCUUGGAGACUCCUUAAAUUAAAAAGAGUAAUCCAGUUAUUGGCCUGCAGUACAGGUACAGCUUGACCUGUGAGCAAGCAAAGCAAACCGUGCCAAUGCUGGGCGCUGCUCCUACGGCAACAACAAUGCCUCUGCUCUGGACCAUCAUCCGUUGAAAGCAAGGCAGGCACAGAUGUCCAUCUCGCCAUCACCAUGGCGUGACUAGUGAGAGAAUCACAACAAGCAUCAUGCCGCAGCAGGAGCAGGAGCAGGAGCAGGAGCAGGAGCAGCACCAGCACCAGCACCAGCACCAGCACCAGCUGCCAGGACUAGAGAGUGUCAUCGUCAUGAAGCCAUCAGAGCCUCCUGAGGAUGAGCAGCCACAGGAGCAGGAGGCCAAGCCCAGGAGGAUCUACCAGGCGUGGAAAGGAAACAAUAUAUUCCUGUGUGGCGGGCGGCUGAUGUUCGGACCCGAUGCACCGUCCCUCCUGCUCACGACGUUCCUCAUCGUCGCCCCAACCAUCAUCUUCUGCUACCAGAAGAAAUCCAGAUUCUACGGCUCUGGUGAGCAGCAGCAACUGCAUCAAGCAGCAGCACUGGUAGUCACCAUCACAACAAUCAUGGACCUUGUCUUCCUAUCCAUGACAUCCGCCAGAGACCCAGGAAUCGUGCCAAGGAACUCGAGAGUGCCUCCUGAAGCUGACGAGUUCCUCGGCUCCAACACGCCAUCUAUGGACUGGAGUGGCGGGAGAACCCCACGGAUGAGGUUCCGUCGGACCAAAGACGUCAUCAUUAAUGGCUUCACGGUGAAGGUGAAGUUUUGCGAGACAUGCCUGAGGUACCGUCCACCACGAUCCUCGCACUGCUCCAUCUGCAACAACUGUGUCCACAAGUUUGACCACCACUGCCCAUGGGUCGGCCAGUGCAUUGGACUUAGGAACUACCGCUUCUUCUUUCUGUUCAUAGCAACGUCGACUUUCCUGUGCAUAUUUGUCUUCAUUUUUUCAUGGCUGAGUGUCUAUAGCCAAAUGAAAGACAAUGGAGGCUUUAUCUGGAAGGCCUUGCGCAAGGAAGCAUACUCAUUUGCGCUGAUCAUAUAUACUUCCAUUGUUGUUUGGUUUGUCGGAGGCCUCACAGUGUUUCAUCUCUAUCUAAUCGGUACUAAUCAGACAACAUAUGAAAACUUUAGAUACCAUUAUGACAAGAAGGACAAUCCCUACCGGAAGAGCAUUGCAGCAAACUUUGCAGAAGUGUUCUUUACCAAGAUACCACCUCCAAUGAACAAUUUUCGUUCAUGGGUAGGUGAGGGCGCACUUGAAGCUGGAUUCUACACUCCAUACAUUGGGCUGGAUGUGACAAUUCCAAGGGAAAAGAUUGAUCUAGACAUGGAAAGCAAAGAAGUACUUGUUGGGGGUAUGCAGAUUCCAACGGUACUUCAGAACAUAGACUAUGGUUCCUUUGAAGAGGGUUCAGAUGACAAGAACAGAAAUGCUGGCAAAAAAUCAGUGCAUUUUCCUACAGCUUGGGCACAAGGAAAUGGAAAUGCUGGAACAUCUGCAGGAGCUGCCACGACAUUCAACGACGAAACAAGCGAGGAUGAGUUUAAUGAAAUUGGCAGUCCGAAUACAACUACAACCCAAGCAUCUGCAGAAGCUAACACAGAACCACCAGGUGAGGGUGAUGCUAAAGAAACUAAUAGUUCAAAUAGAACUGCCAAGUCUCUGAAGGAAUGAGAAACUAGGUUUGUUCUACCUGUGUAUGUUUGGUGACUUGUUUGUAGAUAUGGGCAUUGUGAUUUGUCAGUUGACAUGAUUAUUUAUAACAUAUAGGAUACAUACAGUACAAUAACAGAGCCUUCUUAUCCCAAGCAAGUUGGGGUAGGCAACAUACAAGAUUCUGAAGAAAGUUGAAAAUGUUUCUAAGGAGAGUGUGUCCACCUGAAUAAAUUUUGUACAUUUUUCAUGCAUUGUUCCUAAUGUUUUUGCAUUUCAGUCUUUCCGAGCAUGUUGAUCUCAGAUGAGAAAAGUGGAUGUAUAAGUUGACUGCUUGCUUGCUUUCGUAUGGCAGGUC